AUGCUGCUGAGGGUCAGGGUAGUACUCCUGCUGCUGGUUUGGAAAGACGUCUUGUUGUUGAGGUUGCUGUGUGUAGAAGUUGGGUUGUGGAGGAUGCUCAUAGACAUCCUGUUGUUGAGGUUGUUGCAGCUGCUGUGUGUAGAAGUUGGGCUGUGGAGGAUGCUCGUUGGGCUACAGGUAAUCAUGGGGCUGCAGAUAAUCAUAGGGUUGCAGAGGGAAAUCAUAGGGUUGCAGAGAGAAAUCAUAGGGUUGCAGAGAGAAAUCAUAGGGCUGCUGAGGGAAAUUGUAGGGUUGCUGAUGGAAAUUGUUGGGUUGCAGAGGGAGAUUGUUGGGUUACAGAGAGUGAUGGUCGAGUUGCUGAGGAAAGUAAUAUGGCAAGGGAGGUUGGAAGUAAUCAGGGUCCAUUGGUUCCUGAGAGAUAGAGACUGUUUUCAUGGGGGCAUUGGUCAUUGA